GAUAAACUUUUAAAUACUCUCGAAAAGCAAAAAAUAAAGACCCUAAUUAAAAACAAUUACUACUCUUUUCUACCUUCAAAAAUAAAAUUCAAUAUCCUGCUCUGCAUAUGAAUUAAUCACGGGGCAGCCGAUCGGGCAGUCCGGUCACCAACCGUUCAUUCUGCAUUGGAGUCAGAUUCAAGUCCCAACCCGCCGCCGGCGCAGAUGCCGACGUGGAUUCCGCCUCUCCUUGCUCCUUCGUCGUCAAUGCGCUGCCGCCGCCGUCUCCAGAUCUAUUAUUUACAUCGUCAUCGUUAUGCGCCGCCGCAGGGACGAGGAGGAAUUGGUGCCGCGGCGGCGGCUGCUUGGCGCGGUGUUUGCUCAUGUGGCCGCCGAGAGACUGCCCCUUGUCGAAUUCCAUCCCGCAAACAGAACAGAGGUGCAGUUUCUUCGAGCGGCCGUCCUCGGCGCCGUCGCCGUAAAUUCUAGGUUUCUUGUGGCUGGCCCGGUGGCCGCCGAGCGCCUGGAAGGAAUGGAACCGCUUCCGGCACGUCUUGCACUCGAACUCCUUGUCGCCGGCCAUCAGCGGAAUCCGAUUGUCGUCCAAUCGGGACAGAAUCGACAUGCAGUUGGCCAUCGCCAUGCUCUCCACCGACUCCAAUUCCGCCGCCGCCUUACCUUCUCUCCAGCUUCGGUUCCUCUUUAAUUCCACCAUCAUUCUAAUUAAUCACGAUUAGGAGCUAAUUAACCGGCGGUGCAGUGAUACUGGUGGAUUUCUCCGUGAACAGUGUUCCCGCCUAAACUAGGUGGACCUUGCUGCGGUUUUGGGCCUGCAUUGGUUAACGGAAUGGGCCUGCAUUGGUAUACGAAAAUGGCCUGCUUUGGUGUCUAUUCGAAUCUCCUUUUUUGCUUUAUGUCCACUCAUUACAAUCUUCCAUAAAGUUACAUUGAUAACAUAAAUUUGGUGGUUCCAU